AUGAGCCAACAACCGCAGGGAGGGAGCUCCCGUGUACCCUCCAGCCAUGAGCUCCGGUUGCUUCUGCAAGCCACGAAUGAGCUUAUGGACCACACGUUAAGCUUCGUCAGGUCGAUGGCGCUCGGAUGCGCCGUCAAGCUAGGCGUCGCGGACGCUAUCCACCGCGGGGGCGGGCACGUCUUCCUCCACGACCUGAUCGCUGCUCUUCCUAAUCCUGUGACGGCAAGCAAGCUCCCACACCUAGGCCGAUUGAUGCGCGUGCUCACCACGUCCGGCGUCUUCGCCCAAGCGGACGACGGCGCCUACUGUCUCACUCCCGUCUCCUCCCUGCUCGUGAGCGACGGUGGAAAACGCAAGAACCAGACGCAGCUGGUGCGGCUUCACCUAUCGCCGUUGGUCGUGUCGCCCUUCACCAACAUGGCCGAAUGGUUCACGAGCGACGACGGCGAGGACACGGCCUUCAAGAUGACGCACGGCGCCGAUUUCUGGGGAGUCUGCGAACGCCACGCAGAGUUCAGCAAGCUGUUCAACGAAGCGCUGGCCUCGGACUCACAGUUCAUCAUGGACGCGGCCAUCCACGGAGCGGGUCGUCAGGUGUUCGAGGGAAUCAAGUCCUUGGUGGACGUUGGUGGCGGCACCGGCGAGGCGGCUAAGGCGGUAGCGAGAGCCUUCCCGCAUAUCAAGUGCAUAGUGCUGGACCGUCCUCAAGUGAUCGAUGGGAUUCCUGCUGGCGGCCCGGUUGAGUUUGUCGGGGGCGAUUUCAUGGAUUUCAUCCCGCAAGCAAAUGCUCUCCUGCUUAAGUUUGUGCUGCACGAUUGGAAUGACAAGGACUGCGUAAGGAUCCUAAGACGAUGCAGAGAGGCAAUCCCUCCUAGACAAGCAGGAGGGAAGGUGAUCAUCAUAGAGAUUGUGGUUGGAUCUUCUUCCGAAGCAAUAUACCAUGCAACCCAACAAUUAUAUGAUUUGCACAUGUCAAUGGUGACACCAGGCAUGGAAAGGGAUGAAAAGGAGUGGUGCAAGUUAUUUAUGGAAUCUGGAUUCACCAAGUAUAAGAUCAAUCCUUUAUUAGGUUUGCGAUCUAUCAUCGAAGUGUUUCCGUAG